UCAAUCUUCCUCCUCCUCUUCGCACCACACCGCACACGAUAUAAAGCCCGCAUAGCCUCCUCCCCACCGCACAACCUCCAUGGUGUAUGUCCUCUCGCACCCUUCUCAAGCUUAGCCCACUUCCCUACUCCGACUCCCAUUCGCUGCCAUCCUCCUCUCUUCCUGGUUCCUUAGCGCUCGCCUCCAGAUUGUGUUCGCAUGGUGGAGCAGCAGAAGCCAUGGUGAUUGCGUCGGUCACGGCAGAGAGCAACGAGAGGAUCAGGACCCUCGAGUACCCCGUGGUCGACCUCUCGUGGAAGAGAGGCCGGGCGGCGGAGCUGCUCGUGCGGGCCUGCGAGGAGUUCGGCUUCGUCAAGGUGGUCAACCAUGGCGUGCUCAGGAGCGUCAUCGCCAAGAUGGAGGCCGAGGGGGCGAGGUUCUUCGCAUUACCUCCCUGCGAGAAGCAGAAGGCCGGCCCGCCCACCCCGCUCGGUUACGGCAUUCGGAGCAUCGGCUUCAACGGCGACAUGGGGGAGUUGGAGUACCUUCUUCUCCAUUCCAACCCUUCUUACAUCUCCCAGAAAGCAAAGACGAUAUGUAGAAAGGAUCCAAUACAUUUCAGUGGGGUGGUGAAUGAGUAUGUGAAGCAAGUGAGGCAGCUGGCAUGUCAGCUACUGGACAUGGUGGGAGAAGGGCUGGGGCUGCAGGACACCCGAGUCUUCAGCAGGCUGCUGCAGGACAGCGAGAAUGACUCCUUGGUCAGGCUGAAUCAUUACCCUCCUUGGCCCGGCAGCGACAGGGCCGGGGGUGAUGCCGACCGCGAGCCCGCCGCCGGCAAGUCCAGGGACAAGAGAAGCGGCGGCAGGAUCGGGUUCGGGGAGCACUCCGACCCGCAGAUCCUUAGCAUCCUCCGCUCCAACGACGUCGACGGCCUGCAGAUACUCUCGGCGGAGGCGGACGACGGCGGCGUGUGGAUCCCGGUGCCGGCAGACCCGGCGGCUUUUUAUGUCAUCGUCGGCGACGCGCUCCAGGCGAUGACGAACGGAAGGCUGGUGAGCGUGAGGCACAGAGCCAUGGCGAACUCCUGCAGGCCGAGAACGUCGACGGUCUUCUUCGGUGCGCCGUCGCCGGGCACGCGCAUCACGGCGCUCCCUCAGAUGAUCAGGCCGCACGCCCCCCGGCGCUACAAGUCCUUUACCUGGGCCGAGUACAAGAAGGCCAUGUACUCCCUCAGGCUCGGCCACAAUCGCCUCGACCUCUUCCUCGCCGAUCCUGAUGAUCACGACCAAGACUCAGGAGGCAUCUCCAACUAACUCGAGAAGAAGACGACGAAGAAGUGAGGGGUCUCGUAAUCCAUGUUAACCCAAAUUUUGAUAUGAUAAUUACCUGCACAUAGGAUAGUUGAUGGGCUACAGUGUUUUUCCACUGAGUGUAGUCUCUGCUUUUUUUCUCUCUCUCCUUCUUUCCAUCUUUAGUGUGAUACUCAAUGGUGUGUAUAUUUCUUUUUCUUUUUUUUCUUAUUCUUCUUCUUCUUCUUCUUCUUCUUCUUAAAAUGAGGCUUUGAGUUUGCACUUUCUGUAUUUUCUUUGCAAUAAAAAAGAGUUAUGAGUUUGUGAA